AAAUAUAUAUUUUCGUAUUGAAAAAAUAAAAAUUAACUUUAAUUUAUUAGUUAUUCAAUUAAAUUUAGUUUACACAAUAUAUGAACUAUAUGACCCAUCCACAGUCAUGUUCUUCUUCAGAAACAAGCACAUUAUGGUUGACCUUGGCACUGGAAAUAACAAGAAGAUCAACAGGGCUCUCAAGGACAAGCAGGAGUUCAUCAACAUUGUCGAGACAGUGCAUCGUGGGGCAAGGAAGGGCCAUGGUCUGCAAGCCUUUGCUGCAUCUAUCAUCAACGAAAUGGCUGAGACUCCUAAUACCGAAGCCAAACCAACAGGGGGAGCUAUGACAGCAGAAGCAAAGACAGGAAUUAAUGUAGAUUCUCCAUACUAUCUUCAUCCCAGCGAUGAUCCUGGAAGAAUCCUUGUCACCACUCCAUUGAAUGGAGAGAACUACCACACUUGGAGGAAGGCAAUGCAAAAUGCCCUUUACGCCAAAAACAAGAUGGGCUUUGUGGAUGGAACUCUAAAGAAACCAGAUGCAAAAUCACCUGAGAUGCUUGCUUGGACCAAAUGCAAUUCGAUGGUGGUCUCUUGGAUUCUGAACACCCUCACCAAGGAACUAUAUGAUAGUGCUGCGUAUGCUGAUAGUGCCAAGGAGAUAUGGGACGAUCUCAAGGAGCGGUUCUCUCAAGGGAAUGCAACACGAGUACAUGAAUUAAAGCUGGAAUUAGCAAAUCUCACUCAACAAACAAGGUCAGUGGCUGCAUACUAUACCAAAAUGAAGCCGAUCUGGGAUGAAUUGCAAGCCUAUGAUCCAAUCCCCACAUGUUCGUGUGGAUGUACCUGUGGUGCAGCCAAAGAUUUCACUAAAUCCAAAGAAGUAGAGAAGGUUCACCAAUUUUUAAUGGGACUGAAUGAUAAUUUUUCCACCAUGAGAUCUCAGAUUCUAAACAUGGAGCCAUUGCCAUCCUUGAACAAAGUUUAUGCCAUGGCAACCAAGGAGGAAAGACAGCAGGCAGUGGCCUCCGCAAGAUCUCCAGUGAUUGAGGCUACAGCCUUAGCAGCUAAGAGUCAUUCCAACAUGCGCACCAAUGCAUCAGGGAAGCCACGGUGUGAUCAUUGCAAAAAGGUUGGUCAUACAAAGGAUAAAUGUUUUGAGAUAAUAGGCUACCCAACCAGUUGGAAGCUUGGAAGCAUAAAAUCCAAAGGGAAGAAUGAGCAACAGAGAAAUCAGGCUCGAGACAGAAAUCUAGUCUUUGCAGGAAAUGCUUCCCAAGAAUCACAAAAUGAAGGUUCAUCAGACCAAUCACCAAUUGCAGGAUUGACGAAGGAGCAGUAUGAGCAACUUCUCUCACUUCUCAAUGGUAACUUAACUCUCUCCCAUACAGCCAACCUUGCUGUGCUGAUAGUCUUUCACAACAAUGGAUGGUGCAGAGGUUGCUUAGAUGACGAGAGGAGAGCUCUUGAGCAAGUAAUAGAAUCUAUGGGUUUUGGAGAUGAAUAUCCUUACCCAAGCAAAUACUCUGAUGAUUGUUGCAAGUGGGAAGAAGUUGAAUGUAGCCUCACAAGCCCUCAUGUUGUUAAGAUUUUCUAUGAAAAUAUUAGGGAAGAUAAAGAGUUAUGGUUUCCAGAUUUGAGUUUGUUUGCUCAACUCAAAGAAUUGCAAGAGUUACAUCUUACAGGCAAUAACAUUGGGGGAUUGAUUAACCCUGAAGCAUUAUGCAACCUUGAUUACUUGCAACGUUUGGAUCUUUCAUCCAACUCAAUUGAAGAAGAUUUUGUGCAACCAUGUUGGGGGAACAUGCCAUCACUGAGAACAUUAGAUUUGUCAAAGAACCGAUUCCAAGGGAACCUUACCUCCAUCUUUGCUAAUCUUUCGAAAGCAGAAUACAUCGAUAUUUCUCACAACCUUUUUCAAGGUAUUGUGCCACUUUUUGUUUUCGCAAACCUUUCGAGGCUUUCUCACCUAGAUCUUUCUUACAAUCACCAUUUAGAAGUGGAAUCUGAAACCCCAAGUUGGCACUCUUCCUUUCAAAUACAACAUCUCUUUUUGGCAGGAUGUAACCUCAAUAACCAAACUGGCCGGAACAUUCCCAGUUUCCUUCUUAACCAAAAUAACCUACAGACUGUAGAUUUGUCUAGUAACUUACUUACAGGAAACUUUCCCUCUUGGAUGCUUCAUAAUGUUUCUUCUGUAUUGAGGCUACGAGGCAAUUGUUUUUUGAGUCAAUUUCCUCAAGACUUGCAAAAUAUUGUAUCCACACUUGUUGAACUAGAUAUCUCAGAUAAUCAUUUUGUAGGGAGACUGCCCUUAGACACCAAUAUGUCUCUUCCCAAGCUCUAUAGGUUCAAUGCAUCCUCCAAUAUGUUCUUUGGUACCAUUCCCUCCUCCUUAGGUGAAUUGAAAAAUCUGGAACACUUGGACUUAUCUAACAAUCUCCUCUCUGGAGCUAUUCCAAGUGGCCUAACCCAAAACUCCCCUCUAUGGUACUUGAAUCUAUCAAACAAUAGCUUGAUCGGGGAGAUGCUUCCAAAAGAUUGUAAUAUGACACAACUGAGAUGGUUAUUACUGCACAACAAUCAGUUCAAUGGGAAUUUGCCACUGUGUUUAUUGAGCAGUCUGUCUUUGAUGCUGCUAGAUAUAAGAAAAAACUUGCUGUCCGGAACUAUUUCAGGCCAACCACUUGUUUUCAAGCAACUAGGAGCAUUUCUUUUGGGAGGAAAUGAUUUUGGAGGGUACAUUCCCAGGCAACUUUGCACAAUGCAAAAGUUGAAGUUCUUAGAUUUUUCCAAAAACAGCUUCUCUGGGAACGUUCCUUCUUGCCUUGGAAACAAUUUAGUCUGGAGAAAGAAGUUUCAAGCAUACUCUUGGGUUCCAAUUGAUUUCACCACCAAGGGCAAUUCUUAUUCUUUCCAAGGUAUUCCUCUCACUCUCAUGACUGGUAUUGAUUUCUCAGAUAACCAGUUAGGCGGUGAGAUUCCUGUUGAAAUUGGUGAAUUAUCUGAACUCCAUUCUUUGAACUUGUCUCACAAUCUUUUCAUCAGUCAUAUUCCAACAUCCUUCCAAAACCUCUCAAAUUUGGAGAGUUUAGACCUCUCCCACAACAGGCUAACAGGACCUAUACCCCCUCAAAUUGUCCAAAUCAAAUACCUUGAAACUUUUAGUGUUGCCUUUAAUGACCUCUCAGGCAGGAUCCCAUUUGAUCAACAGCUCUCAACAUUCAGCGAAAGUAGCUUUAUGGGCAACCCAAGACUCUGUGGGGAACAAAUCCAAAAAGAAUGCUCAGAUAAUUUCCACAGAGGUGACGGAAGAAGACAUGAUCUGAAUGAGAAGGAAGAAAAAAGAGUUCUUAAUGAACCUUUGAUUUUCUAUUCAUUUGUGUUUGUAUCAUAUUCCAUUGGAUUUUGGAGUGUCAUUGCACCACUUUUCUUCAGUGUGAACUGGCAAAGAAAAUACUAUGGUACUAUAGAUGUAUGGAUCCUUUAUUUGUUUAACAAGUAAGGGUGCUUACUUUGUAAGAAAUGAUGUUUCCAAGUUAGCGAAAUUUGUCAAUUUCCUCAAUGAAGAUGUACUUUUUUAUGUUAUUUUGCGAAUAUACUGUUGAUAAUAAU